AUGGAGGGUAUCGAAGAUAUCGUGUGCAUCGAAGGUAUCGAAGGUAUCGAGGGGGUUUCUCGUGUGCAUCGAAGGUAUCGAGGGUAUCAAAGGUAUCGAGGGCAUCGGGCUCUCCUCUACCACGUCCAUUGGCUGUGGCGAGCUCCUCACGUCUUAACGACCGUGAUGAAGACUCCGUCGGCAGAUCUCGUCAAGCAAGUCUUCCCCAACGUACCCUACAAACCGCUCAACGACGACCCGAACGUCACCGUGCUCUCGAACGAAAAGGCGAAAAAGGUGCUCGGCUGGCAGCCGAAGUACGACUGGAAGCCUUGA